UGCUUUGUGCCAGUAGAGGCCAAAGUCACAAGAGCUGCUGAGGAAUCAGUAGCCUCAGUGUUUUAACUUUCUCAAGACCAGUUUUUCUGGGAGAGACUAAUUUUGGCAAGGAAUAGAUCAGGACAAUUCUAGAGGAAGACAGAGGGACAAAAUCAGCAUGCAGGGGAGCUGAGGGAGAUGGGAGAGACAGUUAACAAAAGGACAGGAACAUUUUGGGGAAGGGCAAGAAAGGAAAAACCUAAGAAGUGAAACAGUAAAGGAAGAGGAAGAACAGUGCCAAGAGGGCUGGUCUUUGAAACUGCUGCAUGAUGGGACAUGCCCUUAUCUGGGCAAGAGCGCUCUUGGGGUUGGUCUUACCCACAAGCAUUUGUCACACAGUACAGAGUACAUCACUACGUCAUACUUCCUCUUUCAGACUGCAACUGGAGUCUUGAUUCAGUUGAAAUACAGGGAGAAAUGCAUGGAGAAAGACGCUGAAGUGUAGGAUGACAGGGAGAAAGAAACGUUUUGGACCUGAGGAUCAGAUCUUGUCUUGUACCUCUGUGCUGCUCCCAGUCUUUGGAUAAGAGGACAACUCGUGCUAAUAACCUGGGUCACACACGUUUUCUGAACUGUUACUAAUGUGUGGCUUUUAGAAAGAAUUUGGAUGCCUCAUUCUAUCAAAAGAUCCAAAUCCUGAUGUGAAAUGAGUACAGACUUCCAGAAACUCCUUUUCGACAUUUCUGAGUCGUUGACCACAACUGAACUGGCAUCUCUGAAGUUCCUCAGCCUGGAGUAUAUCCCUGUGAGGAGGCUGGAAGCUAUCCAGAAUGCACAGGACUUUUUCAAAGCGCUGCAGGAGAAAGGCAUGAUCGAGGCGGGUAACCUGUCCUUCCUGAAGGAGCUGCUCUACCGCAUCAGUCGCAUCGACCUUCUGGCUGCCCACCUGGGCUCCAGCCGUGAGGAAGUGGAGCGAGAGCUGAGGAUCCCAGGCAGGGCACAGGUGUCAGCCUAUAGACAACUGCUAUACGGAAUUGCAGAGGACUUAACUCAAAAAGAUAUCCAGGAUGUGAAGUUCCUGCUCCACGAUCAAAUACCAAAGAGCAAGCUCCAGGAUAAUGCUUCAAUGUUGAAAGUCUUACUGGAAAUGGAAAGAAAUGAGAUAAUCAAAGAAGAUGACCUAACAGAGCUGAAAAAUACAUUCAAGAAAGUUAGAGCUGACAUAAAGAAAAAAAUUGAGACCUAUGAAGAAAGAAAAGAAAAUUAUUCUAAGGAAAAACUCCACUACCCAGUGCCUGUGUCAGAACAUCCAGCAGGACAAGGAGCAGAGGGGGAGACACCACACCUGCUUGUGGAAUCAUACAAGAUGAAAAAUAACCCCCAUGGUUACUGUCUGAUUCUUAACAACUACAAAUUUAAAAAUCCAGAUGAAGACAGAGAAGGAACAGUGAAAGAUGGAGAGGCUGCGAAGAGAGUUUUUAAGUGGCUUCAGUUUGAGAUAGUUGAGCACAUGGAUCUAGAAGCAGAGCAAAUGUAUGCAAAAGUUAAAGAAUACAGCAAGAAAGACCAUAGUAACAUGGACUGUUUUGUUUGCUUCAUUUUUUCACAUGGUGAAAAAGACAAAAUAAAAGGUGUUGAUAAUGAGGUUGUAAAUAUUAAAGAUUUAGUUUCCUGCUUCAGUGGAUCUAAUUGUCCUUCUCUUGCUGGCAAACCCAAGCUGUUUUUCAUCCAGGCUUGCCAAGGCAUUGUAGGUCAUCCAGCUGUCAUAGUAAAAGAAGACUCUUCUGGCCAUUUUGAAACUGAUGCUACCCCUCAGAUUUCAAUUCCUGAUCAGGCUGAUAUUCUGAUUGGCAUGGCUACAGUGGAAGACUAUGAGUGCUACCGCAGUAUAGAGACUGGCAGUGUUUACAUUCAGUGCCUCUGUGACAAGAUGGAGCUGCUUUGCCCACUCUCCAAGGAUCUCAUAACCAUCCUGACUGAAGUGAACAAGGAAGUGGGAAGAAAAGUAAUGAAACAAAGGAAGCAGAUGCCAAAGAUAACAUCAACUCUACGGAAGCAGUUGAUCUUCCAAAUUCCACCGUGUCCACCAAUUGAAAAAUAGAAAAAUGCACUCAGGAGUUAGAAUGGGGGAAGAGAAUUUUCAAGAGAAAUCAUUUGGAUCAGUGUAGUUAGCAACCCAAUCCUUCAUGGGGCCAUGGGACAUAAAUUUUCCAAUUUCCAUGUUUGAUCAGUCUUCUGGUACUUGGAUCUGUAGCAGCCUGGUAGGGCCAGAGAGGACUAGAGACCUGGCAUUCUGUCCUGCAGAAGCAGUGAAAUCUACAGUCUGGGUUUCAAAUGAGGAAACACUUUUAAGUAGUAUGAUUUUUAAGAGUUAUUGGACAGAAAUGGGACUUGCUUUAGCAUUUCUAAGUUAGAAGUGCCUGGUAUCUGAAGAAAAGAACGGACAGAUUCAGAAUGUUGUAUGCCUUCCCAGAGAGCAUAUGUAAGAUUAUAAUUGAUUUACUCAGAGGUGAAUUGUUUGCAGUCUGUGGAAGAUGUAUAUUUUUUUUUCUUGGACAAUAACAUCCCUGUCAAGAAGAAUGAGAAAACGAUGAUUAUGAUAAUAAAAGUUUGGUUAUUUUCCCCCAGA